AUGGCUCCAUCAAACCAGAAGACGUGUUUCGUCACAAUUGGAGCGACCGCAUCCUUCAGCAGCCUCAUCCAGGACGUCCUUUCGCCUACCUUCUUCAAAGCAUUGGAACUAAACGGGUUCACAGAACUGCUCGUGCAGUACGGUCAAGAUGGUCAAGAGUUUUUCAAUUCGUGCAUGACGAUCGCGAAGAAUACGGAGAGUGGGAGUGUGCUUGAAGUGGCCGGCUUCCCUCUCGACAGUGUGGGCCUGGCGAAAUACAUGAUGCGAGCCAAGGGAGGCAAGGAUAGGCAAGAAGGCGUGGUGAUCAGUCAUGCUGGUACGCCGCAAUUGUAACGGCCUCAGGGAAGUAAGUAUGCUAAUUUCUGUCAGGCUCUGGCACCAUCUUGGACGCGCUGCGCAUCUCUGUUCCUCUCAUCGUGGUUCCAAACGAGGAGCUCUUGGACAAUCACCAGGUUGAACUGGCGGAAGCUUUAGCUGAGCAGGAGUACGUGGUACAUGGUAAGCUUGGGGCUCUAGAAAAGGCAAUCGAAGAGGUUGCGAUAUUGGCACGAAGAGCAAAGCAGUGGCCACCGCCAAACAGCGGCUAUCGCAGGCAGGUAAAGCAGGGGCUGAACGACAUCAUCGACGAUGAGAUGGGGUUCCUGGACUAA